AUGGCAACUAAAAAGUUAACGGUAAAUAACCAACAGCAACAACAACCAUCAAUGGUCAAGAAAGAUGAUAUUUCAUCGUAUUUCAAUAGUAUGCAGCAACCAACAAGACCAGGCAGUACUGGUCAGCUACCACAGCAGCAACAGCCACAACAAGCAGCUCCUUUGGCAUCGUCAAAAUGGGGAUCUCUUUCAUUGAGUCAAUUAUCGCAACAAACAGCGAAUAUGCCUCUUUAUCAACAACAGCAACAGCAGCAGCAACAACAGCAACAACAACAACAACAGCCACAACAAAUGAAUCAAUCAAAACAACAGUUUAUUCAACAACAACAGCAGUUUGGUGGUAUUCUUCAACAACAACAGCAACAUCAACAACACCAGCAACAACAACAACAACAACAAAACUUUAUGAGAAGAUCUACUGAUUAUUCAGGAGCAACAUCUCCGAUCCAUCAGAAUGGUAACAUCAACAGUGGCGGCAGCAAUAACAGCGGUGGAAGUUCAAAGAUUCAGACAUUCUAUGCGAAUAGUAAUACAAACAAGUAUACUACCACCACAACAACGACCUCUGUCAUUUCAUCGACGACCACCAGUUCCACCUCACCCAACAAGGCACGUUACACCAAAGAGGAGUUGUUGAAUCUGUUUAAUCCUGCCGCGAAAAUACCCGAUAGUCUUUCAACACAUUCACACAUCAUCAGUGAGGAACUGCAAUCACCUGUAAACAACAACUUUGUUUACGAUCCAACAAACAAUCUCAACAAGUCGAGAGAUCGAACCAGAAUGAUGAAUUCUCCUGGUGGAUUGAAUCAAAGAGGUUUGAGAAAAGACAUGGAUGGUAGAAUGAGAUCGAGAGAUGAGAUGAAUGGUUUGACUCCAAACAAGAGCAAAUGGAAUAGCAGUAGCGGCGGUUCGAAUGCUGUAUCAUGGCGUAACAAGGACGACGAGAAGAAGUUGUCGAUGUGGUACUAUCUUGACCCACAGAGUGUCACUCAAGGACCAUUCCCAAGUCAGGGUAUGGACGACUGGCACAAGGCUGGAUACUUUACACCAACUCUUAAGGUCAAGAGAGGCGAGGAUGGUACCUUUAUCGAACUGAGAAAGCUGUUGGCUCAGUUUGGAUUGGAAUCUCCAUUCAGUUCUGCCAUCAGCAUGUCGGAUCUGCGUGAACUCGAGGAAGACGAUGUCAUUCCACACGACGAGUUGGAGGAGGAGUUGGAAGAUGAGAUUAUCGAGCCAAACGACGAGGAUGAGUUGGAGGAUGAGAAGAUUUUGCACGGUUUGAAUUCCAAUGAUGAGAAGAAGCAGACAGAACAGACUCACUCACCAGUUCAGGUGCAACAACCACAACAACAAGUCCAACAGCCACAACAACCAACUCUCCAACAACAACAACAAUUCUUCAACCAGUUCCCACAACAUCAACAACCAUUCUACCAACAACAACAACAACAUGAGAAUGAGAUGAGACAACAACAACAACAACAGCAACAACAACAACAUCAACAGGCUGGUGGUGCUCCAUUCCAAAAUCAAGGUGGAUUCCCAAAUGACAACAUGCACAACCAGCAACAACAACAAGUUCCAAUCGAGGCACUUCUCUUCUCAGGAAAGGCAAUGAGUGGUGGUAUGAAUCCAGAGGCAAUCGAAGCCUACCAGAAAUUCAUGAUGUUCACUCAACAACAACAAAAGAUCGAACACAACUUGAGACAACUCGUUGAGCAACAACAAAAGAUUGAAAUCCAACUCAAGCAAUUCUUUGAUCACAACUCUGCUGCCAAUCAACCAAUUCCACCACAAAUCCAACAACUCCAACAAUUCUACCAUGUCAACCAACAACAACAACAACAAUUGAUGCAACAAUACUUCCAAUUGAAGUAUAUGCAACCACUUCAAUUCGGAAUGCAAUUCCCACAACCACAAAUACCACAACAUCAACAUAUACAACAACAAGCACUCCACCAACAACAACAGCAGCAACAACAACAACAACAACAGCAACAGCAACAACAACAAGUUGAAUACCAAUCAUUGGUACGACAAGAAGAUGAGAUCAUUAAGUCUCCACAACCAACACUUGAAUCAACUGUUCAUCCAACCCAAGAACAGCACAUGCUCUCUUCUGAAUCUGUAAAUACAGAGGAAGAACAACAACAAAUUAACAACCAACUCGAAUCUGCCUGGUCAAAGAAUAACAAACACACUAGUGAACAACAAGCACCACACAAACUUAAUAUCCUACAAGAUAUCCAAGUAACUGUCGAGCCAAACUUAGUUGGCGAUGACAACAACGAGGUCGAAGAAGUCACUGUACAAUUAGAACAAGUCGUAGUUAGCAACCCAUGGUCUAUCCAGGAGCAACCAAAGUCUGAGAUGAGAUCAAUCCUCGAGAUCCAACAAGAGGAGAGAAAGGAACAAAAGAAACGUGAAAAGGAGCUCGAGGAACUCAAGGCCAAAGAGGAGAAGAACCAACAACAAGCCAACAUCUUGAAAUGGGCUGCCACCAACAGUCAACCAACCUGGGGUACCGUUGACUUCAAGCCACCAUCCAUUAAGGACAUCCAAGAGCAACAAUUGAAAGACAAGGAAGUCGACACUGCUGUUGCCACCCACGAAGAGCCUGUCGUUGCCAAGAAAAAGCCAUUGUCAUUCACCGAGGUAAUGAAGGAGCAGGCACGUGAAGAAAAGAAGUCAAAGCUCGAACAACAAGCUCAACAGGCUCAACAAGCCAUCCAACAACAACAACAACAACAACAAAACAUGAGACCACAAAUCAAUCCACUUUCACCAUGGGGUCUCCCAGAUGAGAAGAAAUCCGUUCCAAACUUCUCAGCUGUUGUACAACAAGAGGUCAACAAGCAACAACAACAACAAGCCAAAUCAACUCCACUCCAAGUCAGAUUGACUCCCCAAUCAUCCGCUGCCGCCAGUCAGCCAUCUGAAGAAUCGUUCUGGGAAUCGAAAUCAUCAUCUUCCUCCUCCAGAAAUGGUAACGAUUACAUCUUGAAUAUCCUCCCAUCGAAGCAACCAAGUUCGACCAAGAGUUCAUCGAUUGUCGUUAAACAAAAGCCAGUACAAGCUCCACAACCAAAGGCUGAUUUCAUCAAGUGGUGUCACCAACAACUCAAGCCACUUACCAACAUGGACGUCGCCACUGUCACCGAGUUACUUUGUAGUUUAAAGACUGAAAACGAAAUUAGAGAAUGCGCCAAAGAAUGUUUGGGUUACUCUAGUGAAGUUACCAACUUUAUCAAUGAUUAUCUCAUGGCUAGAGGUGAUGAACCAGGAUUACAAUUCGAAGCUUCCUCGCCAUACAUCACCAUUCCAAUGAAAGGAAAGCCAAAGGUCUCUCAACCAACCAACAACAAAUCAAAGAAGAACAAGAAAUAA